UGUCUGGAGUUGGACUCAGAGCGCACCACAGCCGGUGUGUGUGGAGUGUGUUUCUCGCAAUAAAAAAAAAAAAAAAAAGAAGCUGAUCAGAGGACGGGGGAGAGGUGGUGAAGGUGUGUGUAUGUGUGUGUGUGAGUGUGUGUGAGUGUGGAAGGUGCAGAGGAGAUGGUUCCUUCUGCAGGAUGGACCGGAGGAAAGUCGCGCCCGGGUUCGUCUCCUGCUGUCUGCUCCUGGUCCUGUCUGUCCCUGCAGAGGUCUCUGAAGGUGGACACCUGAAUGUUGUGCAGAGUGCAGCUCCGCAGUCCUGUUCAGAAGGCUUUAAAGAACUGGGAUACUAUAACGGCUCAGCUUCCCGCACUGACUCAGGCUCCCCCUGCCUGAAAUGGACGGACUUCCCGGACUACAUGCGGCAGUACCCGGGCCGAGGCCUGGGAGACCACAACUUAUGCCGGAACCCAGACCAAGAGGUUAUCCCCUGGUGUUUCUUCAGGCAGAGCUCUGGUGCCAUCAGCUGGGCCUACUGCGACUGCCAUCAGGGUGAUGCCAGAUUGGUGGGGGGGUCAUCGGGCAACAGCGGGCGUCUGGAGGUCUACCUGAAUGGCCAGUGGGGGGCAGUGUGUGACACACACUGGACCGACCGAGAUGCCAGUGUCAUAUGCAGGCAGCUCAGGCUGGGUGAGAUUGGUACAGCACUGCAGCAUUCCUACUUCGGUCCGGGAUCCGUCUUCCACUACGAGCGUCUGGGUUGCCGUGGUAACGAGAAUUCCCUACUGGAGUGUCGGAGCCGGAAGUUCGUCACCGGCGACUGCAACCAUGGCAACGAAGCAGGGGUGGUUUGUGCUGAACCUGAAGGCACUGGCAUCCCUUUGAGGCUGGUGGGAGGCCAGGAGGACUUUGAGGGCCGCGUCGAGGUGUACCAUGAUGGCAGGUGGGGAACCAUUUGCGAUGACCAGUGGGAUGACACUGAUGCCGAGGUGGUGUGCCGACAGUUGGGCCUGGGGGGUGUGGCCAAAGCAUGGACAUGGGCCCAUUUUGGCCAGGGUGUUGGUCCCAUCCUGCUGGAUGGGGUCCAGUGCACAGGUAAUGAACUGUCUCUAGAGGAGUGUCCUCAUAACAACUGGGAGCAACACAACUGUGACCACAUGGAGGACGCAGGGGUGUCCUGCAACCCAUACACAGACGGUGCGGUCCGACUGGUGGGAGCAGACAAUCACUGGGAGGGUCGUGUGGAGAUUUACCACCAGGGACAAUGGGGCACUGUGUGUGACGAUAAUUGGACUGAGCUCAACGCCCAGGUAGUGUGUAGACAGCUGGGCUUCAGGGGCCGAGCGGAAGUGGCUCCUGACGGGGUGUACGAAGAAGGUCGCGGGCUGAUCCUGCUGGACGAGGUGCAGUGUCAGGGAUCAGAGGCCAGUUUACUGGCCUGCGCCCACACCGAGUGGGGCCAACACGACUGCUCCCACAGUGAGGAUGUAGGUGUCCGCUGUGAGAGGGAAGGUGAUACCAAUGAGAUACCAGGCCUGUUGCCUCCGGGUGGCCCUCUGCUGCGUUUGGUUGCUGGAGAGAGCAGGAAGGAGGGCAGAGUGGAGGUCUUCGUUAACGGCCAGUGGGGAAGCGUGUGUGAUGAUGGCUGGAAUGAUGUCAGUGCAGCUGUGGUUUGCAAACAGCUGGGAUUCACGGGAACGGCUAAAGCUCGAUCCAUGGCGUACUUUGGUGAGGGUCAAGGUCCCAUCCAUCUGGACAACGUGCGAUGCUCAGGCUCCGAGACAUCCUUAGGCCAGUGCGCGGCCGUGGGUCAAGAUGGCCAUGACUGUCGCCACAGCGAGGACGCGGGCGUCAUCUGUGAUUACACCCUGGAUCCUGUGGGAGACGGUGCCACGGCAAUGCAGACCUGUGGCCUGAGACUCAACAAUCAGCGCCGUCGACGCAGGAUCAUAGGAGGAGAUAAGUCACUGAGGGGCCAGUGGCCCUGGCAGGUGUCUCUGUGGCUCAGGUCUCAGUCUAAAGGCAAUCAUCCUCUGUGUGGAGCAUCACUCAUCAGCCCCUGCUGGGUUGUGACGGCUGCCCACUGCUUCAAGAGAUUUGGUAGAGACCCGACCCGCUACGUGUUGCGCCUGGGUGAUUACCACACUGAGGAGCAGGAUGACUUUGAACGCACCUUGUCCCCCGAGCGCAUUGUCAUCCACAGGAAGUAUCAGAGUCAGGGAUGGGAGUAUGACAUCGCCCUGCUGAGGCUAAAAGGCACAGAGGGCAACUGUGUGGCAUUCAAUCCUCACACUGGUGCAGUUUGUUUGCCAGAGCCAGGUAACAAGUGGGAGAAGAGGCCUGCCGCCUGUGUGAUCACUGGCUGGGGAAUCACAGACUCAGAGUACUCCAGGACUCUGCUCCAGGCCUGGGUCCCCCUGCUUCCAGCCUGGAAGUGUAAGAAGCGAUACGGUGAACGCUUCACCAGCCGUAUGCUGUGUGCCGGGAGCCUGUCGGAGCGCCACCGUGUGGACAGUUGCCAGGGUGACAGCGGGGGUCCGCUGGUUUGCCAAGGGGAGGGGGGCCGUUGGGUGCUGACGGGAGUCAUCUCGUGGGGUCACGGCUGCGGCAAUCCCUCCUUCCCUGGGGUGUACACUCGCGUUAGCAGGUUCCUGCGCUGGAUCGAUAAAGUCAUCAACAAACCCUACAAGAACUGAUGAUGGAGAGUAACACAAAACAACAUUAGUUAUCCAGUGUUGUAGCAGGAGGUGUGUGUUGGUAAGAAUGAAGCCUGCACCUCUGUGUUGUGCCUCCUGGAGUUUUACAACAAGCUCUCUCAAGAUCAUUAGCUUCUUUCCCACAUCACAUCAAAAAGCAUGUACCAUACAUUGUAUAGUCCUCUCACAGUAAGAAUCAAUGCUGAAUUACCACACAGUAGAUUACACCUGUGCUGCUUUACAAUACAAGCCUUCCACUGGUUUACCUACGGCAAGCUGUUAAUGUGAAGGAGCAGCAGCUUGAAGUGUGGAGCAUGUUAUAUGGUUUAGCCAUGAUCUUAAGCGGCAGUCCAUACUGUGAGGCCACGUAGAAGUGCAUAUGUUCAUGGCAGGGCAGUAGAGGUUGAUGGGUCCCAUAUUUUGGACCUGAUCCGAAGUGGUGGGAUAGGAAUUUAUUUAUGCACUGUUCUCUAUUUAGAGUUGUAGCCACCCAGCAGACUUGGAAUAGAGAAAGACAUACUGACAUACAGACUUGAAAGACUAGGAGCCAAGUGAACUCAUGAAGACCUCUGGUGGGUAUAUAAGCACAGUAUGGUGUUACACUAAGCCACUCAUGUAAAAAGCUGAAUGACAUUGCACUAUAGCGCAUGAUUUACAAUCACAUCGGGUCACCUGUGAAUGAGCUGUUCAUGCAGGGCAGAGCCAAUGAAAGAGUGACAGUAACAGGGAAAUACAGAUACCUUUGAAGAAUGAUGUGUCUAGAAUAGUACAGUACCCAGUUUGUACAUACAGACAUUUUCUUUGGUUCAUUAACAUUCCAAGUGUGUAUCUGUGAACCUGCACCACGGGUCAAACCAUUCAUACUCAUUUUUUACUGUUAUCAUAUUUGCGGUAAUUUUUUAAAACUGUUUAUGUGUUUAGGGAUGUGGGAACAUGUGUAUUAUCAACUAAUAGUGGUAAAGGUCUUAAGGUGGGUCAUGAUCUAUCACCUGAUCUUGAGGCCCUGUUGUAGAGAGGAGAGCGGCCUGGUGUAAAACCUACAUCGUUUCAGCUGAUGUUGUGCUGGUGGAUAAUCUAAAAUGAAUUUGUCCACAGUUCACAGAAAUGGUGAAGAAACAGCAAGUUAGAUUUGAUUUGAUUUGAUUUGAAUUCAGUUCUGCAAAUCUUUGUCCAGUGACCCACCAGCAGGUUCCUCCAUCUUCGGUUAUGAACAGGAUUCAGUAAACUUGAAGCUGAAAAUGGUUUGUUAUCACAGGCUGUAUGCCUCCACUCAGAGCUUGUCACACUAGUUUUUCAUCAGUAUUAUGACUAUUAUGUGAUGCCACACUGUGUGUGUCCAACUCUAGUGUCUGCAACAAGGUAUACUUUAGUUCUGUUGUGUUCUGUAAUUUAUUUGGGGGACAAAAAUUGUUGACUUUGUUAAGUUGUAUUUAUUUAAGUUGUAUUAUAACAUGGUCACAUUCCACUCUGAGACUAGAGAAAUGAAAUCACAGCUGUAAGUAACCAUGCUGCAGGGACAUCUAGUAUGUAGUAUGUUUGUCACCCACUGGACACAAAUAUUCAACAAGGACUCAGAACUGAGACCAACUGGAGAGUCUCUGUUUGAACUUGAAGCCUUCUGUUCUUUUUGCAGAAACCAUUCAAUAAAUGUCUCAAAAACAUAUAUUCACUGCUCCACAAUCCCUCACAAAUGUCCUUAUACUGGAGAAUCCAUGCUCUGUGAAAUCUGUAACACAAACAGUUGAGAAAAAUAUCCAUCCUACAGUAUAAUUUCAGUAUAAUGCAUAUUUUCACUGCCCUAAUCUCUCUGCUGCUUUUACUCUCUCACUGGUUAAUUUAUUCUUCAUUCUGAUAACUGUAUUUUGUUCUCUCUCAGUGUUAAGUUGUUCUUAAUGACACUCAUCACUUCCUGAAGAUUUAUAAGAAGCCUGAUAAGAAGUGAUUUCUGCCUGAAUUACUGGAAGGCUUUUAAUCUGAGGCUGAUUGAGGGAAUAUUAAGUUUGCAAAAGCAUUUGG